AUGGACGUGUGUAAGGCCAUUUCGGUCUAUAUGGAGCGCAUGGUGAAAGAGGUGCAUGGCAUGAAAAUACUCCUUCUCGAUGACCACACGACGCCCACCAUGUCUGCUAGCUUUACGCAGUCGGCACUUUUAGAGCAUGAAGUGUAUCUCACAGAGAAACUCUCCAACAUGCACCGUGAGCGAAUGCAUCACCUACAGUGCAUUGUAUAUGCACGGCCAUGUGCUGCAUCGAUCCAAGCACUGUGCCAGGAAUUGCAGCAUCCACGCUACGGCGGUUACUGGCUUUACUUUAGCAAUGUCGUGUCGAAACAACAUAUCGAGGCACUGGCCGAGGCCGAUCAGCACCAGCUAGUCCAGUCUGUGCAGGAGUUCUUUUCAGACUACGUGCCUGUGACGGCAUCGCACUUUUCCUUGCACUACGAUGUACCGCCGCACGGUCUCUGGGGCUCGCACACCGUGCAGUGGGACUCUGAUGCUUUCAAGCACCAUGCCAAUGCACUUGUAUCGCUUCUUCUUAGUCUAAAGAAGAAACCCGUCGUCCGGUAUGAGCGCAUGAGCGCGCUUGCAAAGAAACUGGCUGACGAAGUGGUGCAACAAACGACCACGACGAAUGCACAGCUCUUUGAUUUCCGACGUACGGACGUGCCGCCGCUGCUGCUGAUCCUAGACCGACGGAACGAUCCCGUUACACCUUUAUUGACACAGUGGACGUAUCAGGCGAUGGUUCAUGAACUACUUGGCAUCCACAAUGGACGUACCGUGAUGCACACGGAGAAAGGACCGCAAGAGAUUGUGUUGUCCGUUGAUCACGACCCCUUUUUUGCAGCGAAUCUGUACGACAAUUUUGGUGAUCUCGGCGCGUCAAUCAAAGAGUACGUCGUCAAGUUCCAGACACAGUCGGCAACGACAACCAGCAUCGAGACCGUGCAGGACAUGAAGCGCUUCAUCGAGCAGUACCCAGACUUCCAGCGCCUUCGAGGGAAUGUCAGUAAGCACGUCGCACUCCUGGGCGAGCUUAGCUCUCUCGUUGAUGCGCACCAUCUCUUGGAAGUCAGCGAGCUUGAGCAAAGCUUGGCAAGCAACGAGAGCCACUCGACGGAUCUCAAGAAUGUACAGACACUCCUUGCUUCCAACCGCAUCAGCAAAGAUGCCAAACUCCGCCUGGCUAUUCUGUAUUCACUGCGGUACCAGAAAUGGUCCGGCAACCAAAUUGACGCAGUCGUUCGGCAACUCAUUGAUGCUGGCGUCGAUGACGUCGUGCUUGUUUAUGUCAUGCUCAACUUUGCCGGUGCCGAGCACCGUCAGGAUGAUCUUUUUGCGAACGAAAACAUCUUUUCUCGCGGAAAAAGCGCACUCAAGGGCCUCAAGGGCGUCGAAAAUGUCUAUACACAACACAUGCCGCACCUUGUCAAGACCAUCGACCAGCUCAUGCGCGGCAAGCUACGCACAUCGAGCUAUCCGUUUGCCGGCAGAGACGCCCCCUCGUUCGAUGCGCCGGCGACAGUGUUCCCCGGCGGCCCGCCCACGAAGCCACAAGAUGUCAUUCUCUUUGUCAUCGGCGGCACGACGUAUGAAGAGGCGCGUAUGAUUGCGCUUCUCAACGGCGCAGCAAGUGCAUCGUCGUCGCAGACGCCACCGACGCCCUCGUGGCCCGGCACACACUUCCUCUUGGGCGGCACCACGGUCCAUUCGUCACAGACAUUCCUGCGCAUGGUGCAACACACGGCGUCGAAGCUGCCUUCCUCGAUCACGUCGCCCCCCGCCUCGAUUGCUCAACGGGUGCCGCACCUGCGUCUUGGCCCCGUUCAGGUCGCCGUGCCACAAGAACGCGGGGACCUUGAACAGGCUGCGAUAGGUGCGCGUGAUUUUGCCACUGGCUGGAUCGGCAGAGUCAUGCGCAGCGUUGAUACACUCGCGAACGAGCAAGUAAACAGGCAGGCACGUCGAUGA